UCUCUCUCUCUCUCUCUCCCUAUUUCCUCCAUUUCUUCAGUCUUCAUCUCCUCUUCAUCUACCAUCUUUAUCACUUGUUCCCUUCUUCUGUCUAUUCGUUUUCCCCAAUUUUCUUUCACUUUCUCAAUUCCACAUUCUUUUCUCUUUCCCUUCUUGUACUAGAUCUUCGCUUCUCUUCCUCAUCCUGCUGUCCCUGUUUCCCUUCUCCUGUCCUCUAACUUUUACUUGUCCAUCUCAUUCCCUUCCUUUCUCCUCUCCCACUUCGUUCAUCCCUUCAAUUCUUCCUUUUUACUUUUCUGUAUCAUUCAAGUUUUCAUUUUCCAUCUUUUCCACUACUCUUCCUCAAUUUUUCCUCUAUUCUUUAUCAAAAUUUUCCUUUUCAGUCUCUUUCUCUUCUUUUCUCUUUGAGUUUUUGUUAUCCAUCUUUCCUCUUCAUUCAAAUUUUAGUUAUCCAUCUUUCCUCUUCAUUCAAAUUUUAGUUAUCCAUCUUUCCUCUUCAUUCAAAUUUUAGUUAUCCAUCUUUCCUCUCUUCGUUUAAGCCUUCGUUAUCCACCUCUCUCUUCUCCCCUUCCUCCCCUCCUCUCCCUCUCCCUCUGUUCCGCGUUCAUCUGGUGUUCAAUCAUCCCUCGAGUCAUGUUCCCAGACUUGACUGUGAGUGACUUCAUGAACGUGGGCGGCUUCGGGGUGGGCGAGCGGGCGUGGGCGGAGCUCAUGGGCGGCAUGGGUGGCGAGCCAGCUGGUGACUUGAUUCGAACUGGGGCGCCCAACGUUGUUUGUUCGGUUCUGCCUCCACACUGGCGUUCCAACAAGACCUUGCCUAGUGCUUUCAGGGUAGUGGCACUGGGAGCAGUUCAAGACGGCACUCUCGUCACUAUCAGGGCCGGUAACGACGAGAACUGGUGCGCUGAGAUACGCAACAACUCCGCCGUCAUGAAGAACCAGGUGGCCAAGUUCAACGACCUCCGCUUCGUCGGCAGGUCUGGCAGAGGCAAGAGCUUCAUGCUGACCAUCACCAUCAGCACCUCACCACCCCAGGUGGCUACCUACACUAAGGCAAUCAAGGUGACUGUGGACGGGCCCAGGGAACCUCGAUCCAAGACACGUGGCGGUGGUUUUCCCUGGCUAGGACGACCCUUCCUACCUCACCUAGAUCACCUGAGAGCCGACCCCCUAGCAGCCUCGAUCGCCCUUAAAUAUAACGGCAAGUACCACCUAUAUUUGCCUUCAUACCACACAUACAUCCGUGUUAGUAAAUACCAUCGUUUAUAG